AUGAUGAUAAUACCGUCCAAGGUCUGUUGCUCCUCAAUUCUAAAUCAUGUUCUCAUGAAUUUUGCUUACAGAUGUCUUCUAGCAAGAGAAGCACGGAAGAGAUUCCAACGAAUAUUCGUGUUGCUGUGAGAGUCAGGUAACUUUAAUAAAAUUUAAGUUUUAAAAAAGCGUUUUCAGACCUCUUAAUCGCGCAGAACAAGCUGAAAAAAGCGUGUCAGCGGUAAAAGUCGACCGUCAAAAAAAUUCCAUUUUUACAAAAAUGAAGACUUUUGGACCUUUCAGCAAGGUGAUUAUUGUUAUUAUAUCUUUUAAUUGUUCGAGAGUUGAAGGUUUACGACACUGACGCAACACAGCAAAUGGUUUACGAGGAUUUAGUUGCCGGGCAGGUGAAGAAAGUCAUAGCUGGAUUCAAUUGCACAGUCUUCGCGUACGUCUUUUUUAUCGAUUCUAAUUUAUGGGCUACCAAGUUCAGCUAUGGACAAACUGGAACUGGAAAGACUUUUACUAUGGAAGGAGGUCAGCAAAGCGAAGAAACCAAGUCCUGGAGAGACGAUCCUACUACUGGAAUCAUUCCAAGAGCAGUCGAAGACAUCUUUGAGCAACUUGACCAAAUGGUUUGCGUUAGAAAGCUGUAUUCUUCUACAAUGAAUUAUUCAGGGUUGUGAAGAAUACUCCUUGCGCGUCUCCUACAUCGAGCUUUACAACGAAGAGCUAUACGAUCUUUUGGCUGCGAAUUCUGUUGGUGAAGAUCGCGAAAGGCUAAAAAUAUUUGAAGACCCUACGAAAAAGGUUUUUUUAGAGCCUUGACUUUUAAGUGUUAUCGAGUCGCCGUGAUUUUUUAUUGGUGUAUUUUAGUAUUAUUCCAGGGUGUUAUAGUCUCCGGAGUGGAAGAAGUACCUGUCCGCAAUCGCGCGGAUGUGUAUAAACUUUUGAAACUGGGGGCCGAAAAGCGGCGAACGGCAACUACUUUGAUGAAUAUCAACAGUAGCCGAUCGCACUCUCUCUUCAUGGUGAGCGUGGUGAUACGCGAAAACACGGCGACCGGCGAUGAACUCGUCAAACAAGGAAAAUUGAACCUUGUCGACCUCGCUGGAUCUGAAAACGUCUCGCGUUCUGGAGCCGAGGGCAAACGCGCCAAAGAAGCCGGUGAGAAGAGAAAAAUUUUUUGAAAAUGUUUCCAUUUUCUGCCUGCCAAGGGACUGCUCGGAACUUUGUUUCUCAGAUAGAUGCGACUGUCUGGAAAUGAUAAAAAAAAAUUUCGAACUCAUUCAGGAAACAUCAAUCAGUCACUUCUUACUCUCGGCAGGGUGAUCCGAGCUUUGACAACAAGCGGUCCUCACGUUCCGUACAGGUGCUUGCUUCAUAUCUCUUUUUUUCAGAAGUCUAACUUUUCCAUUUUUUAGGGAGUCAAAGCUGACCCGCCUCCUGCAGGACAGUCUUGGAGGAUCGACAAUCACAAGCCUUAUCGCGACUCUCUCGCCAGCUUCCUCAAAUAUUGAGGUGCAAUUAUAAUUUUAUGAUUCAACUUCAGCUGAUAUGUUCAGGAAAGUGUGAGCACUCUGGAGUAUGCAAUUCGAGCCGCCAACAUCAAGAAUCGGCCAGUUUGCAAUACUAAGGUGUCAAGAAAAGCGAUUCUCAAGGUUUGAAAUUAAUCACGUUGUUCAAUUAUCUUCAUUUUUGUUUUGAAGUUGACCUCGGAGCUCUUUCUCUGCGAGCACUUUUAAGAAUAUUGUUUCAAUAUUACAACCAAAAGUUUCAUUUUUUUUUUUGGUUCAUUGCACACAUUUCCCAGCAAAAGUAGGCGAAAAGGGGUUCAUAAGUUUUCGAGGAAUUACGUAGAAAAAGUAAAGAUUUUCGAUUCAUGUUAAAAAUAAUAAAAAAUUUUAAGCCUUGAAAAUUUUUUGAUAAAUAAAAAAAUUGAAAACCAAUUGAAAAAGGUUUGGAGUUUUUAGUUUGGACUGUACAGAUUAGAUUAUGGCUCACAGCUUACUUGUAAUGAUUUCAGACUUUCUCUGAUGAAAUCGAAAAACUGCGUCGAGAUUUGCGAGCAGCUCGGGAGAAGACUGGAGUCCAUCUCAGUGAAGAGUCUCAUGAGUGAGUUCGACGCCUUCUGAGUUUAAUUAUUCGGCUGCUUUCAGAGAGCUACUGCGCAACACAGAACGCAUGCAGGAGCUCGAGGAGCAGCUCGACGCCACGGUUGACCAGUUGCGCCGCGUAAGUUUCCUCGGUUCAGACACGAAUAAGUCGCGAGCCUCUUCAUCAAUUAUUUGAUUUUCUGCCGUUUUCAGUUCACUGAAGACUUGGUCUACAUGGACGAACAGUACAGGCUUCUUUAUGAGAGAAAAGAACGACUGGAAGACAAGUUGGCUCAAAGAAUUCGACAAAUCGCCGAAAAGGAAAAGGUUUUUGUUUUUCUCCUUCGUAUUUGCAAAAAUAAAAUCUCAGGAGCUGGAUGAUAAACAGAAAGAGCUAGAUAUUCACAAAUCUGCUCUUCAAGAGAUGCACUCUUCUGCGCUAAUUACUUUUUCGCAACUGAAAGAGGUGACUCUAAAAGGAAAAAAAAAAAUGAAAAAUAAUUUUUGAGAUGCGGGAUUCAGCGGACAACAUGUCUGUAGAUUUGGCUCUUUUUUGGGAUAAAGUCGACCAGAUGGAUCUUGUCGCUUUUCGCAACAAGUCGGCGGCCAACACCGUUUCGGAAAAAGUUGUGUACAAAAUAGGGCUUUUCUCAACAGUUUUUCAGGUUGCGAUUGCUCUGGACGAUAUUUCCAAGACAUCCCAGAAUAUGGAAGCCUCUUCUAAACCGUUUAUGGUAACGGAAGUUGCAGAGAAUAGUUGGAAAUAUUUUUCCGGAAAUCCAUGACUGUUAAAUUUUCAGCUCAGUGCACGACUUCUUUGCGAUCUACCUUCACCUCUAUUCAAAAUAAUAUCGCUGCUUUUUCGAAGAACGUUCAACAUAACGUCGAAGAGGAUUCUCGGAUCUAUUCCGACUUUUUUGGAGAUUGUCUUGGAGCCGAAACUCAAAUCUGUACCAUGUUGAACACUAAUAUGGUGUCUCUAAAGCUCUGAUUGGGAUGAAUUUUACUUUUGAGGAUAACUUCAAAGGAUUGUUCUCUCAGUUCAUGGUAGACGUGAUAGCUGUAACAGAGGAUCUCAAAGAUCGGAUCAAUCGAGUCAAGGCAGAAAUGAACAACCUACAGAUGGAGUUAUCGCCAUUGGUUCGUUGCAAAAAAACUUUAAAAAAAUUAUAAUACCACCCCAAAAGAAUCCAUAGAUAUUCAAAAAAAUGGAAAAAGCGUCUGAGAAAUCCAUUAAACUAUGUACAAGCAUUUUUUUUUUCUUGAAAACAUAUAAAAAGUUUUUAUUGAAGAAAAUGUGUUAUCAAAUGAUUUGAACCUUUUAUAGCUUGAAGAACGACGUGCCGCUAUAGAGUUGCAAGCCAAACAGAGGAAAGAAACGAGAGAUUCUUAUGUGAAGGCGCAAGUCUUGCGAAUUCAGCAGGUCUGCAGGAUUUUCUAAACUUUCAUUCACUACUGACAUUAUAGCUGCAAGUAUUGGUUUCGCAGUUGGCUCAGGGGCUCACGAGUGUCGGAGCAAGCACAGCAGAUUUCGAUGAGAGGUAGUAAUCAAAUCAUUUAUUUUGUUGUUUUAGUCAUAAAUGUAAUCGACUAGGCGGUGGACAAUAACUUUAAAAGUAUAGACUAACAACCGCCUUCGGCGAACUAGAAGUCCGUGUGGUCGAAAGAGUUGAAAGCAUGGUCUUACGGUCUUUCGCCUCGUUCAUCUGAACGUAGUCCAUUCAGUUGCGCCUUGACGAGCUCAGAAUGUAGCAGAUGUGUUGGCUGGAGCCCGGAGACCGUCCUCUAGGUGGAGGCUUUGAAAUGAGAGCGACCACUUCGAGUGAAUAUUACACGGAAUUAAUGAUUUUAACUUGAAAAAAAAUCAAUGGUCUAAAAGAAGGGAGAUUGUAGUAAUUGGAAAAGUCAUAUGUGGGCAAGUCAGGAACUUGAUAAAUCCGCGAGGAGGAGUUGUCUUACAAAAGCUAAAAAAAAAAUGAAGGAUAAUGUCAUCUUUUAUUCUCAGGAGGUAGUGUUGACAAAACUAAAGUUAAUUUUGAAUUCAGGAGGUAGUACUGCCUUUAAUUUAGGAUGGCUCUGGAGAAGGUAAUGACUUCCUUUCAAAAAGUUCUGCCCAUGUAUGGGAAAAACCAAAAAGAACCAAAAGUAAGAAAGGUGGUUAGAAAUUUUUUGCGAAAAAAUGGUGUGAAUUUUCAGUAAAAUAAUAAAAAAAUGAGCUGAAAGAAUUGUACGAAAAAACUGGAAAAAACAUCUUGCGAGCCAGAAUGAAUACUUUCUUUUAUAAUUUCAAGUAACGCUGAUUGUUCUAAUUUUCAAGGGGAGAAGUUCUUGAUGCGCAGCUCAGAGACGACGGAGCGGCAGCACUAGAAGCCCUGGAAGCUGUUGCGACUUCUCAUGAUGAUGUCGUCUCCGAAGUCGUCGAUGGUGUCGACGAUAUCUCUGAGAAAGCGGCUGGAAGAUGGGCCUCUUUAAUGUAUGUCUGAAUCAACGAAAAAGAAAAGUUGGAAUAAUUUCAAUUUUCUUUCUUUUUUCGUCGCUUAUCCGUUUUCAAAUUUUUGUAACGAAUUCAAAUUCCCGUUACGAUUAAAACGCGCUAUUAUCGAAAAAGAUAAAAUAUUCUGGUGAAAUUUUUUGAAUUGAAUAUAAAUUUAUUUUAUUCUUUUAACUGCUUUCUAAGCGAUUUUUUCUUACAGCAAGGAAGCCACAGACGUCGCAGAAAAUGUCGUCGCGAUGUCGACCAAAAAAAGCUAAAACUUUUUGAGGUUUUUUUGCCUUCUUCCAAACUAUUUUUUUUUCUUUUAGGAUUCUUCCGUUAGUUUCCUCUCUUCAAAAGAAUCGAGGGGGGGACGGACGCUUGAUGAGGCGAAAAAGACGUGCGAGGACGUCUCGACGAUGUUGGCGUCUUGCGAUGAGCAAGUGGUAGCAAGAAAUGCCGCUUUGCUCGACAGAAUGGCUUCUUUGGUUCGUUUUUCUUUUUGUCGACCUUUCUACUCGUGCUUUUUCAAGGAAGGAAUCAUUUCGAGCUCGACAUCGAGCAUUUCUUCCGUGAUCUCAGGAGCCAAAAACACAAUGAUUUCGCGGAAAUGGGAAGACGUCGACAUCAACCGUGAUUUCAAUCUUUCUUCACUUGUAUGCAAUUUGCCAUUACAGAGGGAGUCCCGCCGCGAAACAUUCCGGCGAUUCUCGGAGCAAGCGAUAUGGUUGGACCACCCGAACCAAAUGAUCUUCUAUUUGAAGAAAAGGAUCAAAGAAGUGUGAGAUUUUGAUUAUUCUUUUUUUGCUAGUGUUCAAUUUUGGGAAUACCCUUUCAAGGGAAUUUCGAAACUUUUUGGUCACUGGAUGUCUUUUCAAAUUCCACCAUUCCGGAACUUGGUCCAGCUUCAAAUUGUUCAGGAAAAGCGUGUUUCCAACUACGCUCCACGAGAAUCACUGCUGGACAUGUCCAACAAACUUCUCAGCCCGGCUACUAUCCGCACUCACAGAGAGUUUGCGACAAUCGAAGAGGUUUUCGAUUUCUUUCUCUUUUAGAGUGAACUAUUUAUUUCAGGAGAACAUUCCGCAGUGA